UUAUGUUGAAGUUUAAUUUUGUCGCGUUAUAUUCUCAAAGUUGAUCUGUUUCUCAUGUGCGUGAUUUUGUGUCGCAAGUACCUAUGUGAUGAUAUUAUGACGUUUUAAAUAAACCGUACAUCAAAUCAGUGUUAGUGCUGGGUUGAAUUUAUCAUUGUUACGUAGGGUGGGCAGAGGAUGUCUAAGAAUAUGACCUAGUGCCACAUGACCGCGGCACACCCCUCACCGUACUCGCCGACCUGACACGCACUCAUACAUACAUAUUCCAAGAUGGUGCCACGUUGGUUACUUUUCUGCUGUGUGGUGUUGCUCGCGAGGCCGGUCCACCCUCAGGGCGCUCAGCAGUGCCCACCGCAGAACACUAUCACUCCCUGCAGCUGUACCGUUAAAAAGAACGGCCUUGAUAUCUUAUGCGAGUUUACUGAGCAACAACAUAUACAAAAGGCAAUGAACACACUUCGAUCGAAGCCCAUGAUCAUAUUCUACUUAAAGCUGCGUCAUAAUAACCUAGCGAAGUUACCUUCGUAUAUAUUUCUGAGCCUUGACAUCCGUCAUCUUACUGUACACAACAGUAGCUUAGCCGUUAUAGAAGAUUCUUCGUUAAGUUCCAUUGGGAAUAAACUGACGCAACUCGACGUGUCUCAAAACAAUCUCGCGACGAUACCGACCUCAUCUUUCACGCAUCUUAAUCAUUUACUUAUACUCAACAUGAAUCACAAUAAGGUGACAGCGAUACAUAACAGGGCUUUCUUGGGUCUCGACACUUUGGAGAUCCUGACAUUGUACGAAAAUAGAAUAUCGGUUGUCGACGGCGAGGCUUUUAAGGGCUUGGAAAAGAAAUUAAAGCGCUUAAAUCUGGGCGGGAACGAACUGACAGCCGUACCGCAGAAAGCUCUUGCGUUACUCGAGAAUUUGAAGAAACUUGAAAUGCAGGAGAACCGCAUUACUACUAUAACUGAAGGAGACUUUGCAGGAUUGCGGAAUUUGGAUUCAUUGGGAUUGGCACAUAAUCAACUGCGGGAGGUACCUGCUAAUGUGUUUUCGCAUUUGAUAUUCCUUAACUCUUUAGAGCUAGAAGGCAAUCAAAUCCAACGUAUAGACGAAAAGGCUUUUUCUGGACUGGAAGAAAACCUGCAAUACCUACGUCUCGGUGACAACCGUCUCCACGAGAUACCAUCCGAGGCUCUCCGACCUUUGCAUCGCUUGCGUCACUUGGAUCUACGCUCAAAUAAUAUCACAUACAUAAGCGAGGAUGCCUUUACUGGCUACGGAGAUUCCAUAACCUUCCUGAAUUUGCAGAAGAAUAUGGUUCACCAAUUGCCCACAAUGGGUUUUGAUAACUUAAACUCGCUGGAGACGCUUAAUCUGCAGAACAAUAAACUGCAGCACAUCCCCGAAGAGAUCAUGGAGCCGAUUCUCGAUACACUUCGAGUUGUUGACAUUAUGGAUAAUCCAUUGAUUUGUGACUGCGAUCUCGCGUGGUAUGAAUCUUGGCUUUCUGGACUCCGCGACCGAGAUGACGAGAUGAUGCAGAAAAAACGAACGAUUUGCACUAUGGUCAGUGAGCACCGGGAGUAUAGCGUCGCUAAAAUACCCCUCGAGAAGAUGAACUGCAAAAGGAAACCUGGCUACGGAAGACCUUCGAGCGCCGACAACACUUGCCCGAUGAUGGUAACCAAUUUUGUCUUCCUCGCCAUCGUUAGAUGGCUCUAGAUAAAUUGGCUUACCGACACUAUAUUCUAGAUCCAUCACCAAAUGGUUCUAAGAGUGCAAACCCUUUUAGUUUCCCUAUUAAGUUCAACGAAAGGUCUGUCGGGUUAACUGUGGCCGGAUGCCUCGAUACGAUUUUUCGUUCUUUAUAUUCAUUUGUAACGUGAUGAAUUUGUAAAAACUAAACAUAUCAAUUUGGGCUGAAGAAAAAUUAGUAGAAUUUUGGAAUGAAUUUGUGAUAAGGAUGAUUUCAGAUGUGAGAUACACUAGGUAUUUUAAUUAGAAUACCUUUGAGGUAGGUAUGCCUUACUUUAGAGUAUUGCCAGCCAGAUAUAGGCGAAAGUGGAAUAGUAGUUUGGAGUAUCUGAAAGAGUCGUCUUUAGAACUUUGUCAUUAACGAGCUGAACAAUCUUGAGCGCGUCAGAAGCGUAAAUGUUUCUGAAACUGACCUAAUAUUAAUAUAAACUUUUAAUAUUUUUUAUCAUUUACCCCUCGCCUUUACUAUGUAAUUCUACUCGUAUUUAUAAUGUUCUAGUAAGCUUUUACGCAUUUACCCUGUUGACUGUUCAAUGUUUAUCUCUAUAUUCGUAAGAAUGCAGGGCUCUUAUAUAUAAUUUAGGAUUAUAAUUAUAUUUAAAAUUCUAAUGUGUUUCCAUAUAUUUCCUUGGAAUAAUUCUACCUCUUGUUUAUGAAUUAUGUUAGUUUAAUUAUUACAAAUGAUAUUACUGACGCUAUGCGUUAGAUGGAGCCCUUGGAUGUUCGUUGUAGAUUAGUAAUAAAUAGUUAAGUGUUAGAUAUAAGGAAAUAUGCAGUUGAAUAGUUUUAUUUUUUAAUUUAUAUUUUUAUAUAAUUUAUUAUUGUUUAGCUCGGCUUUAGAAUAGUUACAAUUGAUUUUAAGGUAUGAAAUUAUUUUAAAUUAAAAAUUAAGUUUGCAUGGCCGAGUUUUUUUGAUAAUUUUAAUAUUGAUAGUCUUUACAUAAAGGCAUGGUAUGAUCCUUAGUUAUUUCGUUUAUAGUUAAAUGAGUUAUAUGAUAUUUUGUAUAGAUUUUAUUAAAAUUUAUCAAUAGGGUAAUAAAUGUGACUCUAAGCUGUUUGCUAUAUGCUUAAUCACGUUUUUGUUUUGCUUUUUUAAUUUCACUUUGACGCAAACGCUCAAUUUUUAUUCAGAAAUCACACGGUAACGAUGUAGUCCAUUCUUGUAGCGUUCGUUUUAUCUUAUAACCUUAUUAUAUUUAAUAUUAUAAUGAAUGUGUGAUCAUAAUAAUUAUUUAAGUGAUAAAUGUAACCAAAAACAUAUCCCCUAGUCUGAAUUACAUAAGUAUAUUUAAGUAUGUUCGUAUGAUAUACAAAUGUUGCGAAUAAAAUUGAAGCUUUCUAUGUGAUAACCUUCUGUAAUAAAUUAUUAAAAUAUAUCGAAAUGAUAAAAAAUAUACCUUUCAAACCUCGAUCUUUUAGAAUGUUUGUAAUGUAUGUUUCUAUAAAAAUGUUUAACGCGUGUAGGACGCGAGAUUGAAUACCUAUUUUGUAUUCUUUAACACGCGUUUACAUAUUUUAUAAAUAAAUAUAAUUAUAUGUGGUUAUAAUAUGGACAUGUCUAUUGCAGUUUAUAAAUGGUAUUUAUUCACUAGGAAUAAGUAUUUAUUGCACUAUAUGUAAUCGAUUACGCACUCAUAUUUAUAUCGUAUUAAUAGCACGAAAAAUGGUCGGAGUCGAAAAACCUGAUAACUUAAGGACACCUCACCAUCUCAUGAUGAGUAUUAUAAAUGCUAUGUUAGAAAUAUAUUCAUAUACUAUCAUUAUUUAAAAAAAAUAUAAAUGUUGUAAUUAUUGUCUAUGUAAUUUCAUUUAGUGAUUGGUCGCGAGUCAAAACGCAGUUUAAUCAUAGUUUAACGGAUGAUGCGAAUUAUUUUUGAUGACAUCAAAUUUAUGACGACAGAUCAUUAUUGUUACGAUCUAAUAAAUAUUUGAAUAAAUAGAACCGUUAUUCUUCAUCAAAUCAGUUAAUAACGUUGAUAUAUUUAAGAUAUGACUGUGCUUUGAAUCGUAUUCAAUCUGCUAAUCAAGUUUACUAACUAUACUCUUAAUAUAUUUAUGGUUAUAGGACGCAAGUUAAAUAUACCUAAUCGAUUAAUGAAUAAAUUGAUUGCUAUGAGUCUUAUAGAAAUAUAUAAAUCGAACCAACAUCAAACAUAUCGGAAGGAUACAAGGUGAGAGUUACGCAUAAAGCAAUCUUCACACCAAAACCUAACAAUGCAUAUCAAAUUAGGAUUAAGACAUUUAAUGUAAACUGUUGUGCAUUUUAAUGUUCUUCAUAUUUACUGUUAUUAAUCGUUGUUGUGUAUUCUGGAAGCUUGGUGAUUCGAUGUUUUCAUCCGUAUAUCUUAGGUGUUGUCUGUGAAUGAAAAGUAUCGAAUUCGCGGUGUGUUAAUGGGAGUGACCGGUACGUAGUUUCGGUGAGCAAUAAUUUUUGUAUGUAAAAAUAAUGUUUCAAUGAUACUCCUCCUUUUAAUCUUUGAUGUUGUUGAUAUAAAUUUAAAAGAAGUGUUCAUAAAGUUUAUAGUCACAUUUAUUAUUUAAGUUAAAUCUAAUAUUGAAUUUUCGCUGUAAAGUUGUAUCAAAUUUUGAUUUUAAUAAAAAUAUAAAUACGAUUGA